AUGAAAGGCUGCUAUACAGGAGAUGCGACUGCGACGCUCUUCUCCAACACCGCGCUGGCGUGUCAGGGACAAUUCUACAAACUCUCCAAAGCCAACCACCCAGACCUCCACCCCAACGACUCCCACGCCGCGGAACGCUUCGUCAAAAUCUCCGAAGCCCACGCCACCCUCGGCUCGCCGCAAAAGAAGACUCGCUAUGACAGGGACUUCCUCCGCGCAUCCCCGAGUAGUACUGCCGGACCAUCAGGAGGACCAUCAGGCUCCUACUCCUCCGCCCACGCCGGCAGUCGUCCAGCCAGCGGCCUGAGUAGACGCCGAACGCAGUUCCGUGGACCACCGCCGAGUUUCUACCGUAGUGGAGGCUGGGGCGAUCAGGGUGAGAAGAGAGGCGAAGCCGCUAGUCAAGCAGGCCAUGCACAUGAGGCGCAGAGCCAGCAGCAGCAACAGCAGUCACAAGCAGGUCCAGCAGGCACAGGCCCCGGCGGCUUUACCUCAGGCUUCGACAAUGACGUCCGGCAUUUCGACCACGACGGGCAUUACAAGACGCAUAGUGGGAUAGAACGCACACGGCAUAAGGCGAGGCGGAAAAAUCGGGUGUAUGCGGAGGAUCUUGAAGGGGCGGUGGGAGGGAGUUCGGCGUUGUUCAACUUUGUGAUGAUUAGUGGGGUGCUUUGUAUUAUUUUUGGGGUGUCGGGGGGGUUGAUGAGUUUUUCCUCUGCGGGGAAGGAGAAGGGGAAGAAGGAGGAGAGAUGA